AUGAAUGUGGUUUUCUAAGAUGAACUAGAGAAUAGUUUAUAAUUGAGUAGUUAAUCAAUAGUUAAAGCUAACUCUUAUGUAUAUAAUUAGAUGUUGAAAAUAAAUAAUGGAGUGAAAACCUAUGGGUUGUCCUCAAUCUUAAUUAAUUAAAAUAAUGACCCAGAGAAUCUGAUGAUAUCGGAAUUAACAUAUCGCUCACUUUCCAACGAUGUUGACUCAAGGUUAAUUUAGGAGUUCUAAAGUAGAAGGCACAUUAUAGAGCCUCAUUAAAUAUAGAUAAGAUAACCAUCACCCUUUUAGCUAAAUAAAUAAACAUGUUAGAUUUGUCUAAACGAACUUAGCAAUAUCAUAAUCAUAGAAUAGUGCAAUCAUCAGUUUUGUCAGAAAUGCAUAACCUUAUACUUAUACAAUAAAAUAAUAUCUGGAGAAGUAUAGAAGAUCACAUGUCCGUAAUUUGGUUGUUGCACAGUUUUGAGCGAACUGUUAAUUAAAUAAAAUAUCAAUCAAGAGGUUUAUCUGAAAUAUUAAAGGUUCUUGUUAAUUAAGCAAUAUGAACAUGUAGUCAAUGGUAAAUGGUGUCCAAGGCCUGAUUGUUUUAAUUUUGUUUUCCAGUAAGGACAAGAAAAAAUACUAUAAUGCAGUUGUGGAUAAUAAUUUUGCUUUGAUUGUGGAAACCCAAAUCAUCCCAACAAAACUUGCCAAGAAAGUGUCGACUAAGUAUUCGCUUAAGCAUUACAAAAUUAUAAAAUAUAAAAAUGUCCUAAUUGUAAAGCUAACAUACUCAAAAAUGGUGGCUGCAAUCAUAUGACCUGCACAAAGUGUCAUUAUGACUUUUGUUGGCUCUGUGGAUGCAGGUAUACCUCAAUUCAUUAUGAUUGGAUGAAUCCAUGUAAUUGUCCUGGAGAAUAAUAUCAAGAACGAGAUCCAUAUGCAUAUCCUAAAAUUUUAAUUUGCAUUAGAGCCAUAUUGAAACUGUUAAUUUAUGUGCUGCUGUCUCCUAUUUUAGCCUUGGCAGGAUUAGGAAUGAUUGUUUAUGGAAUUGGAUACUUAUUAUCUAAGACUUGUCAUCUCUGUAGAUGUCUCAAAAGGUGUUGCUAAUCUGUAUGUAAUUGA